CUCAAAGUCUUCAAAACAAUCAAAGAAAACAAGAAAAAGAAGAAGCUGUUUCUUUUCUGUUCCUCAAUUCAGUGUUCAAGUUUUGGUGAUUUAACACAAGAGAUGGCAGCAGAAAUCCCUCUACUAACUUCUUAUAAGAUGGGCAAGUUUGAUCUCUCACACAGAGUAGUUUUGGCUCCAUUAACAAGAUCAAGGUCUUAUGGCAAUGUUCCUCAACACCAUGCCAUUUUGUACUACUCUCAGAGGGCUUCCAAAGGAGGCCUUCUGAUCACUGAAGCUACUGGAGUUUCUGACACUGCUCAAGGGUACCCUGAAACUCCUGGAAUUUGGACUAAAGAACAAGUGGAAGCAUGGAAACCAAUUGUGAAGGCUGUGCAUGAUAAGGGUGGUGUGUUUUUCUGUCAGUUGUGGCAUGUAGGAAGAGUCUCAAACUAUGGUUACCAACCUAAUGGACAAUCUCCGAUCUCCAGUACUGAUCGGCCAAUACCGCCUCAAACCCAUCAUGAUGGUACUGUUGAAGAGUACUCUACUCCCCGACGAGUAAGAACCGAUGAGAUCCCGCAAAUUGUCAAUGAUUUCAGAUUGGCUGCAAGGAAUGCUACUGAAGCUGGCUUUGACGGAAUUGAAAUCCAUGGUGCUCAUGGCUACUUGUUGGAACAAUUCAUGAAGGACAGCGCGAAUGACAGGACUGAUGAAUACGGAGGUAGCUUGGAGAACCGAUGCCGCUUUGCUAUUGAAGUGAUUGAAGCAAUUGUGAAUGAGAUUGGUGCUGAUAGAGUCGGCAUUAGACUCUCCCCAUUUGCAGAUUACAUGGAAGCCUGGGACUCAAACCCAGAGGCUCUCGGACUCUACAUGGUUCAGGCACUGAACAAGUUCGGCAUUCUCUACUGCCAUAUGGUCGAGCCGAGAAUGGCUAUUAUAGAUGGUAGAAGACAGAUUCCACACCGUCUUCUUAACUUGAGGAAGGCAUUCAAUGGAACAUUUAUAGCUGCUGGAGGAUAUGAUCGGGAUGAAGGUAACAAGGUUGUUGCUGAAGGUUAUACUGAUCUCAUUGCCUUUGGUCGCUUGUUCUUGGCAAAUCCUGACUUGCCGAAGAGAUUUGAGUUGGAUGCACAGUUGAACAAGUACAACAGGUUUACCUUCUACACUCCAGACCCUGUCGUCGGGUAUACAGAUUACCCGUUUCUCAAUGAGCCUUCUGCUUGAGUUCCUGAAGAUUUUGCCUGCCUUUGAAGUUUAUUCCUGCAUUUGUUUCAGUAAAAGAAGAAAACCAUAUUACAGAUUAAAGAUACAAAAUUAUCAUGUACCCAUAUUUAUUUAAAUUGACUGGAAUAAAAUUGUUUUAGUUCACCAAUACAAUGAGU